CCCUUUACACACACAACUAGCUAAACUGAGUUGAGGAAAAUUUAACAAUGGCAAAGGGCCUUGUUCUUUUUGAGCUUUCAGUUUUAUUACUUAGCUCAUUCACAAUUUUUAGCCAUGCUCAAGAUGAGUGGUACUCAUUAGACAAAAAUGUUGACCACCUUGCACCAGCUCAAGCCCCUAAGCCACACCACCACCACCACCACCACCACCCCAUAAGCUCCCCAGCCCCUUCACCAAUUCAUUAUCCAACAAAGCCACCAACUAAAGCUCCAACAAAGCCACCAACUAAAGCUCCAUCUAAGCCACCAACUUAUAGUCCAUCAAAACCACCAGCUAAGCCACCAUCACCUUAUUAUCCUUCUAGGAAACCUGUUGCUGUUAGAGGACUUGUUUACUGCAAACCUUGCAAGUUUAGAGGGAUUAAUACUCUUAACCAAGCUAAACCACUUCAGGGAGCCAAGGUGAAGCUAGUGUGCAACAACACCAAAAAGACAUUAGUUGAACAGGCUGAAACAGACAAGAAUGGAUUCUUCUGGAUCCUUCCUAAACUCUUGAGCUCAGGAGCCUACCACAAAUGCAAGGUGUUUUUAGUGUCAUCAAACAAUACUUACUGUAAUGUCCCAACAAAUUACAAUUCUGGAAAAUCUGGUGCACUAUUGAAGUACACCCCACCACCCAUGCCACCAUCUCCAGCUCCAGCUACUCAUCUCCCUAUUAAACCACCCACCCCUAAAUAUGAUUUCUUUACUGUUGGACCUUUUGGAUUUGAACCCUCAAAGAAAGUGCCUUGCAAGAAGUACUAAUCAACUUGGCAAAUUAGAUAUUAAGAUAGGAAGGGAAUGAUGAAUGCUUGAGGAGUUAAUUUCAAGUGUUGGAGAAAGAAAAAAAAAAUAAUUAAAGAUUGUGUCCUUGUUAUUUUCCAUUAAUAAAUGAUCAUGUAUGAGGAAGAAAAGAAGAAUGUAGUUUAAUUUUCUUGUUUUUUUUUUCAAUUUGGUUUAUGUAAUGUUUAAAGUCCAAACAAGUGAAAUGGAUUUAUAAAAUGUUUGUCUUUCUA